CUUUUCAAAUGUAAGGUGCUUGAGUUCGUAUCCUCCCUAACACAUAGUCCGUGAUUUUUCACUGCUGGAAAUCGUGGCAUAUUAACUCAAAGGAAAUCACUGACAUGAAAAACGCUCACCUGACAUGAUGAAUGCAAAGUCCCAUACGCCCUAAGUCCUAUUAUGCAUGGUAUCACAAUGAGAAAGCUGUAAGCAAGGGGAUAAACUCAAUGAAAUCAUUUGUGGUCCACGAUGAAACCAUUCGUGGUAACCAACCAUGGGUGGAGCAUUAUGAAUACGGACUCUGUGGGACGACGGUAAGUUCGUAUUUACCAACAUGUUACAGGAUUCAAACCGCCAUUCGCGGUUCGGAAAGAUCUAGUUUAAAAUUUUACUGGAGAAGGAGAGCAGACAUCAACCCGUCCAAGCAAGGGAAGAGAAGGACGAUAUUUUGAUUUGAGAUAGUGCCAGCUAGCUAGCCAACAUGAGGCGCAAUCGAUUGUUUUGUGGAACAUCCAUUUUGGUCAUUGGAGUGAUAGCUGUAAACUUACUAUUCGUGUUACAACUGUUCAAAAUACAAGAUUCCAGGAUGGAUAUGAUGGAAGCGACAUUCAUCCGGGAAAGGAAUGCGAGGGAUGAAACUUCCAUGACCCAGCAACGCCCCGGAAGUGAUCCGACUGUCAGGCAUUCUACUGUCAGGGACACUACUGUGAAGGACCCUGCUGUCGGGGGCCCCACUGUCAACAAUAAUGAUCGAAAUAAUAAUGUGACAAUUCCGACAAAUCAUGAUGAUGAGAACCCGAACUUGUCACAUAAAGUUAGAACAGCACAAUCCUGGGCCAAACCUAGUGAGAAAGUAUUGGAACAGUCUCUUGUCUUGGGUUCCAGGCGAAAGUCAUCUGGUUUCCUGACCAUUGGCAUUCCUACAGUCCAAAGAGAAACGGAACACUAUCUCUCUCAGACACUUGAUUCACUGAUCAGCAAAUCAUCUCCAAAGGAACGAUCUGAUGUCGUCAUUGUCAUCCUCCUAGCCGACUUUGAGGAAAAGAAACGAUCUAACUUGAAGAAAAUGAUACAAGAAAAAUACUCGUCAUAUUUAGAAAAUGGAUUCAUCCAAGUUAUCCAGGUCCCGUUGUCAUUCUACCCUCCCUUGGAGAAUUUAAAGUCAAACUACAAAGAUUCCAAGACAAGAGUUUACUGGAGAUCUAAACAGUGUGUUGAUUUUGCUUUCAUGUUCUUUUAUGGCAGUAGUCUUUCAGAAUACUACCUCCAAAUAGAAGACGACGUGUAUACGGUCAAUGGAUAUCUUGCAGCUAUUCGUGCUUUUAUUAAAGAGAAAAGCAAUAUCCAAUGGGCCUCUCUGGAAUUCUCUGCCAUAGGAUUUAUUGGAAAGCUCUUCCACGCUUAUGACUUGGAUAAGCUUGCCACACUUGCAAUGAUAUUCUACGAGGAUCAACCUGUUGAUUGGAUCUUCAGAUACUUCAAGGAUUUAAACGCUCAACACAAGAACCUCGUGAGGAAUCCUUCAAUAUUUCAGCACAAAGGUUUUCAGUCGAGCCUAAAAGAGAAGGACUCUAAGAAGCUGGUUGAUAAAUCCUUUGUUGACGAUGACCAGGUCGAAUUCGUAAGUGCGGACAAUCCUUCAGGAACUGUGUACAGCAAUAUAGAAGCAUUCGAGAAGUACCUUCCGCAACUGAGCUACAAGAAUACAACUGAGUUCUUCUGGGGGAAGAAACCCCAAAAAGACGAUGAUGUUGUUCUUGUAUUUGAUAAGCCAACCCAAAUAACUCGCCUGGUCAUAGCAACUGGAUCCAGUCAGCACCCGGCUGAUAUACUACAGGAUGCUGCUGUUGAAGUAAGUCCAGAACUCAUCCAUAGUGGCAACGCAGCUGUACUUCCUAAAUGCAGUACCUUUGUAGAAGUUGGUCAAUUCUCCCACGGUCGUGUUGAGUUAGAGAUGGAAAAAAUCUUCACACCUCGGGUGGCGUGUCUCCGAAUCCAUGUUAAAGAUUCUCAGAAACAGUGGGCAAUCAUUCGACAAAUUGCUAUAUGGGUACCUCACUAGUUCAUUUGAUAAAAGACUUUUGUGCAGUAUAUAACAAUUUUCCCUAAAUACCUCUGUCACGGAAAAACAAAAGAGGACAUACAGUGACGUCGACUUCCAAUGAAGCAUUUGUGUGCAAUACAUGCAACAGAAACUGUCGAUGGAUGGAAUUUUCCCACCUCCACGCAGAACCAAGUCAAGAACUCAGUAAAUGUAUUGAAAGUGUCUGUCAAAAGAAAAUGGACAGCUAGGAGGUCUUUGUGAAAUAUUCGUCCAAAGUUUCGAAACUGAUGAAAAAUUUAAAAUGCAUGUCUGUUCAGGGUCUGAGGACGGAACUGCUGUUUUUAUUCACUAAUAUUCAACUAAGAUUUUUUUUGUGGCUGUCCAUUGUCAUGUAGGGUAUUUGACACUACAUUUUUUCUUUCCUUGAAUCCGUCGUUCGUCAUGGAGCAAAAACUCUUUACGAGGGAGAUUUUGCAACCGUUACGCAGACGCUUUCUAGAACGAAGGACAUGCAUAAUUGUCAAAAGCCCUUUAUGACAAAGCAGUCUUUGUCGAAAUUCCGUGAAUCAAAACAGCAGAGUUGUCCAGGGGCCCGUCUUACAAAGACUUCCGAUUGAUCCGAUUAAUCGCAUAUGAAAUGCAUGUUUGCUCAAUUUUUUUUCUAGAUAUGAUUGUAUAUCCAUAAGUUCAUUGAUUUUUUGACAAUUUGGUGCGUUCUUUUUUGUUUACAAAGGACAUUUUGCAAAUUUCCUGUAGAAAAAAAUCAUGACACUGAUGGAUUUCCAUAGAAUUACGAUUGAUUGGAUCAAUCGUAACUCUUUGUAAGACGGAGCCCAGGACUCUGGACAAACGACAUGCCUUCGUUUUUCGUCAGCUCUGAAUCUUAGGACGAUCUGCUCUCCCGGUCCGCCAAUUUUCGACAAAUGGUAAAACGGUCUAUCUCGAAAAUCGCUGUUCUGAGAUAAAUGACUUUAAAUUUUAGAGGUUCAAGCUUUUUUAUGAGACGGAAAUAAUGUAUUUUUAGCAAUGGGAAAAGAAGAAGCACAAUAAAGACUAAUAACUUAAGAAUUUCUAGCUAUUUGGGGUUUUAAUUAUGAAAUAAAUGAGAUUUUUGUGUAGAUAAACUGUUUAACCACAGCACAUGUAUACACUCAUACUACACAUCAUAAGAUGGUAAAAUGGUUUAUCUUCUAGAUGGACCAUUUUACCAUCUUACCCCAAUGCACAACAUACUCAAAGAUAGACCAUUUUAGCAUAAAAUCUAAAGGAAAAAUAUGAAAAAGUACCAAGAUAGCGGAAAUUGUCUCUUAAUUAAGACAUGAUGGGAUUUUCUCGAUAGCACCAUUGGAAAGAGCGCCCUCACAUUACAAGGAGAGUGAAUUUACCUCAAUAAGUCAAAUUUUCGAGUUGGACCGUUUUACCAUCUGACGGACGGUUGUGAUCUGAUGGGCAUUUUCUACUGUGUUGUAGAAUCUGUUCCCGUUCGUUGCAAUAGCGAAAAGUUGGUAAUGUCUCUCGAGACAGUGAACCAGCAAAUUACAUAAUUUAUAGAAAAACACAUUCAAAGCUGAGGAAAGUAAAUUGAUUAUAAAAGGAAUACAUAAUGACUGCAGAGUAAACUUGGUGUAGGUUGUCUGAUGGGAUAAUUUCGUGUUUUCUUUUACAUGUAUGCUUCUAAUUGGCAUGAUUAUUUUGCUUUAUGAUAAGAACGUCUCCUUUUUUUGUUUUGUUUUAAUUUUUUAUGUAAAAUUAAAUUGUAAAUUUGGAUCUAUCACUCCAAUAUGUCAGGUGCAAGAAUAUCAUUGAGUGAUAUAACAACGAUCCUCAAGACACAGACCGGACCCAAAAAUGAAAUUGACAACUCAUAUACCAUUCGAAAGCUAAUAAACUACUUAAUACAGAAAUGCAAGCUUUAUGCAUUUUCACUGCUUAACAGCUUAUUAUUUUGCUUAAAGGGAUGCUCCAGGUUGAAGAUAUUUAUAUCUCGAUAAAUCGAAUAAAAUUCACAGAGCAAAAUGCUGAAGUAUUGAUUAAAAUCGGAUAACAAAUAAUGAAGUUUUUGAAUUUUAAAGAUUUGCAGUAUUCCGGUGAAACAGUUCUAGGCAUGUCUUCAUAAAUAUUCAUUAAGUGGGCUGACGAUGUCAUACCCCCACUUGUUCUUUUGUAUUUUAUUAUAUGUAAUUGGGUUAAUUAAAAAAAUUUCUACCAAGAACUAAAACAGUUGAUUUGACAACUGAUUAAGUGCAUUAGUUAUUUAUUGCUGCAACUUAUUUCAUCAUAAUGAAGACACAUAAUUUCACAUGUAACAAAAAAUGAAACAAUUAUGAUUUCAUGUAAUAACAUAAUAAAAAAGAAAGUGGGGAUAUGACAUCAUCAGUCCAUCUAAUGAAUAUUCAUGACGACGUGCAAACAACCGUUUUCACAAAAUUUAAUAUUGCUAAACGUUACAUUUCAAUAACUUUGUUAUUUGUGAUCAGAUUUUGAUGAAAUUUUUCAGAAUUUUGCUCUGUGAAUUUUACUCUAUUUAUUCAGAUAUAAAAAUCUUCAACCCGGAGCAUCCUUUUAAGAAUAGUUCCAAUUAUCGGGCUUCGAAAAUAGAAAUUCUUGUAAAUGCUUUCACCGGCCUCGAGAACGUGGCGUCAUGUUGUGUUAGAUGCAGUGUAAUUCCAUAGAGUUAAUUUUACACAGAAAAAGUGAGUGAUUCCCCCCUUUGAAUAUUAUGCAUUUUAUUUUCUUCACUUCUAUCACAUAGAUAUAUUUUAUAAAUAUCUAUUUCUGUAAGAUAUUGAUGAAAUCUACGGCUUUUUGACUAGUUUUCACCAUAUUGCAUUUCCUGCUUCUUUGGCACAGCUUUCGAAUUAUAUCUGCAUUCAGAUUAUGUGUAAAAAAUGUCCUGACAUAGAAAUUUAGGCCCAUUAAGAGCUGAGAAAAAAAAUCACAAAAAAAAACUAGUGAAGAGUUGUAGGCUUCCAUCAAUUUGAGCACUGAAUAAUUGUCAUUGUCAUUUUGUCUGCCAAAAAAAAAGAAAAUCGAAUUCCUAAUCUGGAAAGCAGAAAAAUAACCCCAUCCCUUUCAGUGUACAAACCUAUGGAAUCACGACGCUUCUAACACAACACAACAUGACGUCACGGUCUUGAGGCCAGAGAAAGGAAAUGGAAAACCUUUUGUCCGAAUCCCCCGCGAAACCCGUUAAUUUUAGUUUUUCUUAAGCAAAAUACUCAGCUGUCAAGCAGUGAAUAUGCAUAAAACUUGCACUGUUGUACUAUGUAGCAUUUCCCAUUUGUUUAUUGCAAUUUUAGCUCCGAUCUGUGUCUUUUACAAGUGGAGAUACCUUGGUUUUACCAUAAAAUGCAGAUCACAGUCAAUGUCUUGCCCUUUUCUUGAGAAAACUGUCUUGCAUUAGUUUAAUGUUUAACUUCUACACCUCCAAUUGGUUCUUCACAUGUAUUCACUUCAUCCCGCAUUUUUGUCUUCCAAACUGAUUAUAUGUUGUUGCCUGCUACGAAAACUAAUAUCUACAAAGUGAAUCACUGAUGUAUUGCAACUAAUACGUUGAAAGUCAGUGACAUGAAUUUGAAGAAUAAUACAUGGCCAAAUAUAGAGCCCUGGGGAGUACCACUACUGACGUACGUAUUAAGUUCAAGUGAGGAUCCAAUUGAAACUUGUUAUUUUCAAUUUGAUGGGCCACUGCUAGUCUAAUCACGUUAUACCAUAUAAAUAAAAUUUGUUAAAUUAUAGAAUAAUAUUAUGAUCCAUAGCAGUGUGUAUUUUUAGUGCAUUUAUCGUGACUGUCAGAAAGUGUAAAUUUGUUGGUGCACAGCAAAAACUGUGGUGUUAACCGGUGUACAUAGAGGACCACACCAGUUGUUUUACACCGGUGUUAAAUUAGUGGUGUUAGUUUUACACCCAUAGGUGUUAUUACAACACCUUUGGCUGUUACAUUUACACUCUUUGGUGUUAUGUUCAAUCUCUAGGGUGUAAUUUUAACACCUCAGGGACCGGUGUGGUCCUCUAUUAACACCAACUGGUGUCAGUUUUAACACCACAGUUUUUACAGUGUGUGAUAAAAAGGGACACUUAGAUUAGACUGAACCAUGGAAUUACACUUGUGUGAAAACAGCUAAAUAACAUUAAUGGAGGUUUGAGAACGAUUGGACGAACAAUGAGCAUUCAAAUGUUGAGAUCACUACUGUUUCGAAAAUCCUCCUAUUGGCAAUGCAACCCAGCAGUGCGACGUCACACGAGUACACUUCCCCCAUUCUCUUGUAUAUAUUUUACUUUUCACUUUUAUCAAACGUAAUCUAUUAUGGACCAGGGCUCCGUCUUACAAAGAGUUACGAUUGAUCCGACCAAUCGCAACUAUGGAUGGCCGGCAACGUCAACAUCUAUUAUGCAUGUUGGUUCAUAAUAUUUUCUAGCUAUUAUGCAUAUUUCAUGCAAUCAUUUUUUUUCUUGAAAAUUCACUGUGCUUCUCUUUUUUUUACAAAGGACAUUGUGCAAAUGUCCUGGAGAAAAAAUUAUGACACUGAUGGAUUUCCAUAGAGUUACGAUUGAUUGGAUCAAUCGUAACUCUUUGUAAGACGGUGCCCAGAUGUUCUUUUCAUGGCCCAGGGGGGGGGGGGCACGUCAUGCAUCUUUCUCGAAAUAUGUCAUGGACAAAGGGCUUGUACUUUCAUUGGAAUGAGCCAAAAUAGAUGGUUUGGGGUAUUUCAUCAGUGUACAACGGGGACUUCACGCAUCUCCGUCGCAUUGCCAAUGGGAGGAUCCACACGACAUGAGCCAGCUCAACAUUAAAACGCAACUUCAAAAAUCAUGCGCAACUUGAUUUUCAACCUAUCAACAGCGCGCAUUUGGGACUUGCGUUUAAACGCAACUCUUUCUGCAACGGACCCCAGAACUUUCUUAUCAUUUGUCCAAUAGUUUUCAAACUUUUGUGGUUGAUGUUAUUCUUUGAAUUUUCUGUUUUCACACGAUUUGCUCACAUGUUCCAAGCGUUUCAUUCUCCUGUGAACAACUUUUAUAUUCAUUUGUGAAAGAACUGGAGAUGAUAGCGAUUUAAUACAUUCUCCCUCCAUCUCCCCCUUCCCUGCCUUCUAUCACCCCCCCCCCCCUCUCUCUCUCUCCCCCUCCCAUUCCUAUACGACCCCUUACAGCUCACUGGCUCUCCGCACCUUCUCUCUCAUUCGCAUAUUCACAUAACAAAACCGCGCUCUGACACACACUCCCUAGCUCAUCAUGGUGUCAAAUUGUUAUGAAUUUUGUUGUACUAGUGAAAUAUCCACACUCAGAUAAAAAAAAAUAAUGAAAAAUACGGAUUGUCAUUGCAAUGUACUCCUUUAUUUUUCUAUCAGUGCUCCAGGAAAUAAAAUAGCAAAGGUGCUUUAUGAAUAAGCAAAGUCUUCGCCACGAAGAAAACCGAGCUUUACUAACUUUAUAGAAUCACAUUAACUUGAAAAUAGCAAAAAAUUUGAUUGUUUUCUUUUAUAAGAAUCACGGAAAAUAAAACACAUGAUGUGAAGUUAUUGCAUUACGUUUACAAUA